AAACGGCUUUUUAUUAUAUCUUAGUUUUUUAGUAUUACAAAUCAUAAUAUUGUUUUCAUAGUGAAAUGUAAUCUUUAAUCAGAUUUAUCAUCGUUUUAAAUUAAUCUCACAAGUAUAUAUCGGCACUGCGAUGGUCAUUUAAAAUAGGGUGAUCUUUUGAUAAAUACGUAAACACGAAAGCAAGCCAGCAAUACCAUCUUUGUAUAUGCCAAGAGAAAGUUAGUCGUUUUAUCUCUACAAAACAAUCUGUUAGCUAUGCCAAAAUCAUUUUUACUACGACGUAAGAGGGAAGAAAAUGUUUCAUCGAACAUUGUAGUUGCAGAAAUUUCUCAGAAUGGAGGCAAGCAAUCGACAGAUCAGUCGAUAAAAAUGGCUGGGAAACGCAAGUUACGCGAUAGUGAGAAUUCUCCACAAACAAUUUCGAGAAUUACCGGACUUUCGACGCACGUUCACAAUGAUUUGCAUGCUUACCACAAAAACGCUGAACGUUACAGCAAGUAUCUUUGCAUAGACAAGCCUGUAAAGAAAGAAAAUAGUUUCCAUGUUUCUCGAUUACUCCAAGAGAACAAAAAAGCACCCAGUAUUCAUAAUACGGAUUAUUCGGCUUUUAAAGUCUUAAGCAAGUCAAGUCCGCUAAAUUAUUUCGAACGAUUGUAUAAGAAACGAAUGCGUGAACACAACGAACUUACAAUGGAAAUUGAUAGGUUUAAACCAUGUAGUAAGUCAUGCUGUGUUCCGUCGCCGUCAUCAUAUCCACGUCACUCACCGACAGUUUCACAUCAUACGCCAACACGUUUUAGUUACUCGCCAAUACUUUCUCGCCGUUCGAGUGAAACAAGUAGUGCAAAUUCCAGCGGAAGUACAUGCAACUCUCGUCAAAACGAAAGCAAUUUGUCGUGUGAAACCGAUGAGGAGCACCAAAGAAGUCCCAUUUUGCGUAUAAAAAACACAAUCUGCCAUGGACCUUGCUGCGGGCCACGCACUCCAGGAGAAAAAUCAAUGAUAAGAAAGAAUAUUGAUCGACAUUUUUUACCUUUUGUUCCAUAUCGAAAAGUUAAAAAAGAGAUAAACGAAGAAAGUUAUAACAUGAGAAAGUGCUCUUGUCCGCAGUGUUAUAUUGAUACACAAUUUGAACACAGGGAACCUCUAAAAGGGAUACCAUACCUUGCUAAAAAAAAUUCUAUAGAUACACCUGAAAAUUUACAAAAAUUGGAAAUAAAACCUAUAUCAAAAAGGAAGGCUCUGAUUGGCGAGCUAGGACUUCAUCAAAAUGUUCGUAAGGAAGAAGAAAGAGAAGGUAAUAAAGAGGGAAAAGAUAAACACGUCAGUUCGACCGAUUUGAUAAAUAUACCACCAGGUCCGAAUCGCAGUCGCGCUGUUGCUAAUUUACUGGAACGACGGAGAGUAGCGGAGUUGAACAGUGCUUUUGGAAAGUUGCGUCUCCUUGUGCCAAGUUACGGCGAUGAAGAUAGAACGUUAUCCAAAAUCAAAACUUUAAAAUAUGCUUUAAACUACAUGUACCAUCUUACUGAUAUACUAAACAUGCAAGCCAAGGAUGACUCUUUUGACGUUAAGACAUAUUUUGUAGGUUUAUGUAGAAAAGACCCCUUAAUACAAAAGUGUCAGGAGCAUAUGAUGAAAAGAAAUGUUAUUCAAUAAGGAAGUUAUUUUCUCUGUUUUUUGAAACCUAAAUUCGAAAAAAUAAAAAAUAAAAAUCCGUGAAAUGUAAUGUCUAUUCUUUAUCUUCUGAACGAAAGUAAAAUUAUACAAUACACAAUGUCAUAUUUAAAAAAAAAACUCUUUUAGCUAAUUGUAUCUGAAAUUCAGCACAAAAAAUUCUUUACCCCCAUGCUCCCAUGUACGCACUGUAUAAUUAAUGCAAGAAGUAAAUUUGAAAUCAAAAAUUUUUUUUAUCAAACCAUUGUUUGGUAGUCACAUUUUUAAAUAAAACCAG